UGCAUUGAAACUAAUGAUCUCCCUAAUCAAAGAAACAAAAGAAGUUCAAAAUUCACUUGAAAUGCAUUUACAGGAUCUAGUGGGAUUUGUAACUAACAUAUAUAAUCCUUAUCCAUAUUUAUCCAUAUUUAAAACGCCAGUCAAACAUUCUUACAAGAUCAUAAUUGAUAAGAAUAAAAUUCCAAUGCUUCAUGAUGAACCUAAUUUACCUGCAUAA